AUGGCGAUGUUGACUGGCCGUGUGCUGCUGGUGUGUGCCCUCUGCGUGCUGUGGUGCGGUGCUGGCGGUGCUCAUGCUGAGGAUGAUGCAGGUGUAACUUCACCUGGUGCCUCUGCGAGUGACGGAAAAAGUUUUCAGGAACCACCACCAAUUGUACAAGGAGGAUCACACAACUCAGUUUUAACAGCAUCAGAUGUUAAUGAACAAACCGAUGAAACAGAUAAAGAAGUCCUUUUGACAAAAGAAGUAGCUGGUUCUGAUGAAGUACCACAAACAUCAGGAGAAGAAAUUCCACCACCAUCACCAUCGCCAAAGAAAUCAAAAGGAGGAGGAGGACCACCACAAGAAGAUGAUUUAAACCUGGAAAAAGUAGAUGAAAAUGUAAUGCAACCUGAAAAGCAACGCCGAGUAGAAGAAGGACUAGAAACGCUUGGUGAUGGUGAAGCGGGAGUAACCAAACAGAAUGAAGGAAUUGGAGUACAGUCGCAAGAUCACGAAACUCCAUUCCAAGAAGAGGAUACAAUAAAUGGAGAAGGACAUCAACAGACGCAUGGAAAAGACCAACAAACAAAUGUUGAAGACAUACCACCACGUAAAUCUGCGGGAGAUUAUUCUUCGGGAGAACACAAAGGCAAUGAUGGUUCCAAUGAAAAAGAAGAAAAAGAAGGGGAAGAAGGUGUUGAGGGUCGUGAAAGACAUCGGACUCAGGAGAGAGAGGAGGCUGCACAUGUCUCAGGUGCCCCGAAAGUAAACUCAACUGAUAUUCAGCAGGAAGUCCAACGCACACAUGCAGGAGAAACUCCGACAGGAAUCAAACAAAAAGCUGGAGAAGAAAAGGAUGAUGAAACAGAAGAGGAACGAGAGGAACAAAAGAAACAAAAUCAAGAGAAUCCUCCAGGCAAAGUACAAGAAACCAUAACUGGUGCAAACGCCACUAAUCAACUAAACACGAUGCCUGGCGACAAUGACGGCAGCACCGCGGCCUCCCACACCACCUCCCCUCUUUUUCUUCUUCUUCUUGUUGUUGCGUGUGCGGCUGCUGCGGUGGUGGCCGCGUGA